GGCAAAUGUGACAGUAAAAUGGAUUCCAGAAAUUCGGCGAUUUUGUCCUAAUAAGCCAAUCGUUCUCGUUGCCUGUCAAAUAGAUUUACGACAUAAAUGUUCUGAUCUUGUGACGUACGAGGAAGGGUCACAUGCAGUUCGCCAGUGAUCUAGGAUUGCCUUACAUAGAAACCAGUGCGCUUACCCAACAGGGUGUAAAGGAUGGGUUUGACACAGCGAUCCGUGAAGCGCUGAUCUCAGCAUCAAAGAAAACGGAAAUGCUUAAAAUCCGGUCAUCUUGCUGUAGGAAAAAACAAAUUCCUUUUCCACCAUUGAUGCCCCCUUCCGUCAAGACCCCAUUUAUUGAAGUUGAACCAUCAAGCUUUGCAGAUGAUUGGAUGUUGAUGCACGAAAACCCUGUACAUGCUGAUGUGACAUUCGUAUUGAAUGGCCAACACAACCUGGACGCACAUAAAAUAGUUCUGUGUUCAGCCUGCAAAUAUUUCAGAACGGUUUUUGGAAAGAUGUCACAUAAGAUGAAAACGCCAGAGUCAUUGAGUAACUUCGCCGUGCAGGAUCUCAACCCAGAACUUGUUCAGGGGAUUGUAGCUGUUUAUGAUAAGGAAAAUGGUACGGAAGAGAUCGUGGGUCAUUGUCACACAAUGGUAGAACUCAGCGCCGAUAUCGAGCCAAGAACAUUUGUCAGAGUCCUGCAAUUUCUCUAUGCUGGAGUACCAAAACUGACCAAAGACCACGACACGAUUGACCAGGAUGAACUCGCUGACGUCAUGAGGGUAGCCGACAUAUUCGCUAUACCAGAACUUACAGAAAUGUGUCAAAAUUGCCUUUCCGAAGAAGAAUUUCUAAAUCCAAGUAUAGGAACUUACUUCAAUAACGAGACAAAACAGACGAUGAAGGAACUCUAUUUCAAUAACCCUGAGAUGGCUGAUGUAGCGUUCAAUGUGGAAGGAAGAAAGAUUUACGCUCAUAAAUGUGUCUUGAGUGCAAGGUGUGAAAUCAUGUCGGCCAUGUUCCGAGGUCACUUCGUAGAAGGUCAAACAACCAUAUCUGAGGUGAAUAUUCCGGACACUUCGGCGGAGUGUUUCCUGGCUCUAUUGGAAUACCUCUACACCGACCAUUCACCUAUUGAAGAGAUCGAGGUGAUGGAACUGCUUGUUCUCGCAGAUAAAUACGGACAAAAACGUCUCAUGAAUUUGUGUGAAUUGUAUAUAGGCAAAGAAAUAGACAAGAGUGUGGCAAAGAACAUAGAGAAAGCAGAAAUUGACGUCAUCGGACUUUUACACACGUCACAGAAUUACAAUGCAGAACAAUUGUCCACGUGGUGUCUUCAUUUCAUCGCCACACACUACACGUCAUUUCAAAAAAGGAAGGAAUUCUCGUCACUGAAGGGAAAAAACAAAAUACAUAUUGAGGAGAAUCAGUGGCCACCAGUGUCGUACCACCAUGAAGUGGAAGAGUACGAGAAAAGGUGGAAGUCAAAGGGAGACAAAUGUUCAUUCAAAUGUUCCAUCAUAUAAAUUGGUUUUAUUUGUGUCUUAUUUGCAAUAAGUGUACUUAUUUUACCUGUUCUGGGUUUUAAACAGCGAUACAGGCUUCUACUACUUCUACUACGUCUACUACUACUUCUACUA